AUCGGAAGAGUCAAAUCAAAUUAUCGAAGAAGACGAAAAAGCUAUCUCUCUAUAUAUAUAUAUAUGAAUAGAUAUCGUUUGGGGCUUUUGAGCUUCUGAAAUAUGCCGGUCGGAGUAAUGAUUCCGGCGAGAAACCUUCCGUCGAUGAUCAGUGGGAACGGGAAUGUUGUUGGUUUUGGAUCAAUCUCAGCACUUACCCUUGGUCAGCAGCCUAACAACAACAUGAUGGAAGGUCAACUUCACCCUUUUGAGAUGACCCAAAACACUUCGGAAAGUGAAAUUGCCCGAUUGAGAGACGAAGAAUUCGACAGUACGAUCAAAUCCGGCAGCGAGAAUCAUGAAGGUAUCUAUGGGGACGACGAUCAAGAUCCUAGACCCAACAAAAAGAAGCGUUACCAUCGACAUACCCAGCACCAGAUUCAAGAAAUGGAGGCGUUUUUCAUUGAGUGCCCUCACCCAGAUGACAAGCAAAGGAAGGAACUUGGGCGUGUGUUAGGGUUAGAGCCUUUGCAAGUGAAGUUUUGGUUCCAAAACAAACGCACCCAGAUGAAGACCCAGCAUGAACGCCAAGAGAACUCUCAGCUUCGAGCUGAGAACGAAAAGCUUAGGGCUGAUAAUAUGAGAUAUAGGGAAGCUCUUAGCACAGCUUCAUGCCCUAAUUGUGGAGGUCCUACUGCAGUAGGACAAAUGUCCUUUGAUGAACAUCAUCUCCGACUUGAAAAUGCUCGAUUAAGAGAAGAGAUUGAUCGUAUAUCAGCAAUAGCUGCAAAGUACGUUGGGAAACCAGUGGUGAGCUAUCCUCUUCUUUCUUCUCCCAUGACUCCUCCUCGACUACUCGAAUUCAGUUCACAAGCCGGCUCCGGGGAGAUGUACAGUGGCGGGGAACUUCUUCGGUCGAUAAAUGCACCGGCCGAGGCCGAUAAGCCGAUGAUUAUCGAGCUCACGGUUGCAGCUAUGGAGGAACUCGUUAGAAUGGCUCAAAUGGGUGAGCCCUUAUGGAUGGCUAGUCUUGAUGGCUCAACCUCUGUGCUUAAUGAAGAAGAGUAUAAUAGAACUUUUCCUAGGGGAAUGGGACCGAAGCCUACCAGCUUCAAGUGUGAAGCUUCGAAAGAAACUUGCGUUGUAAUCAUGAAUCACAUUAGCCUCGUCGAGAUUCUCAUGGAUGUGCACCAGUGGCAAACUGUGUUUGCUGCCAUAGUUUCAAAGGCUUCCACUUUGGAUGUUCUAUCAACAGGGAUUGCAGGGAAUUAUAAUGGAGCUCUUCAAGUGAUGACAGCUGAAUUCCAAGUUCCUUCACCACUUGUUCCAACUCGUGAGAUUUAUUACGUAAGAUACUGCAAACAACAUGCAGAAGGAACAUGGGCUGUGGUUGAUGUUUCAUUGGAUCAUUUACGCCCUAAUCCGACGGUGAGAUGCCGACGAAGACCAUCUGGAUGCUUGAUUCAAGAAAUGCCCAACGGGUACUCAAAGGUUACGUGGAUCGAACAUGUCGAAGUCGACGAUAGAGGUGUCCACAAUCUGUACAAGCAGCUCGUAAGUUCCGGCCAUGCUUUCGGAGCCCGACGUUGGAUUGCUACAUUGGAGCGACAAUGCGAGAGGCUCGCAAGUUUCAUGGCUACUAACAUUCCAACUGUUGAUGCUGGGGUGAUAACAAAUCAAGAUGGGAGGAAGAGCAUGCUGAAGCUAGCUGAGCGUAUGGUGAUCAGUUUCUGUGCUGGAGUGAGUGCCUCAACCGCUCACACAUGGACCACUUUAUCGGGAACCGGGGCCGAUGAUGUAAGGGUAAUGACCCGAAAGAGUGUUGAUGAUCCCGGCAGACCUCCCGGGAUUGUGCUGAGUGCUGCAACUUCCUUCUGGCUUCCUGUUCCGCCGAAGAGGGUAUUCGAUUUCCUCAGAGAUGAGAAUUCUAGAAAUGAGUGGGAUAUUCUUUCUAAUGGUGGAGUUGUCCAAGAAAUGGCGCACAUUGCUAACGGCAGAGAUACAGGCAAUUGUGUUUCACUACUUCGAGUCAAUAGUGCAAAUUCAAGCCAAACCAACAUGCUGAUUCUACAAGAGAGUUGCACUGAUGCAACAGCUUCGUUUGUAAUCUAUGCUCCGGUCGACAUUGUCGCAAUGAAUGUGGUUUUAAACGGUGGCGACCCAGACUAUGUUGCUCUUCUUCCAUCCGGUUUCGCUAUCCUCCCCGAUGGAACCUCUGGCAUGACGGAUGCCGUUAGUGGCUCCGGUGGAUCUCUUCUAACUGUUGCAUUUCAGAUUUUGGUGGACUCGGUACCUACGGCAAAACUCUCUCUCGGAUCUGUUGCAACAGUUAACAACUUGAUCGCUUGCACCGUCGAAAGGAUAAAGGCUUCUCUUCCAUGCGAGAAUGCAUGAACUAGCUCAAGCUUUAUAAUUUAGAUAGCAAGGUAUUUGAGUAACAGAAGGAAAAAGGGGGAAUGUACUUAAAUUUAAGAAGAAUUUUGGAACUAUAGAAGAUGGGGGAGAAGUCAAGAGCGCACCUUGCAGAACGUUUUGUUUGGUUGCCUAGAAAAUUAAGCUGACCUAAGCAAAAUUCAUCAAGUGUUCAAGAGUUAGAGGUUCGGGAAUUGACUUCCCCAAGAAAAAAAUAUAUUAUUUUCGUAAAUGAGUGCAAGACUUUUACGUGUUUUAAUUACAAGUAAACAAGGAUUGUAGUUCCCCUUUA